AGGCAUGAUCCAGAACGACAUUCAAGUACUAAGAUGCGUUCCAUACUUUGUCUGGUAGUUUCUGCAGCCUUGCUGGCUGUCUUUGUGAGGGAUGCUCUGGCGGAGGAGCAGCAACAGCAGCCACAGCAGCCACAGCACCUACUGGCCGAAGGAGGAGAUGUUGAUGUGAAUGUCACAGGGGACCGGGUGCGACGUCAAGUUGGAGGAUUUGCAGUCGGCUUGGGUGCUUUUGGAGGAAGGCAAGGACGAGGCCGCUUUGACCCCUAUCGCGGGGGUCCCUAUUGCGGGCCCGCCUAUGGUGGACCCCCUGGCCGAAGAUAUGCUGGACGCUUUCCUGGCGGCUUCUAUGGUCGCUGAGGUCCAGCAAGUUCUGUUCUCAAUGACGAUGAAGCGGCAAUAAAGCAAAGAAUGGACGAAAGUAAA